UCCGGUCAUAAAGUGACAGGAUCCAGCUCCAUCGAGCCCGAACGGAGCAGCAGAGCAUCAGUGAACUUAUGAUCAGGCUGUGAUGCGCACGGGUGACGCCGCGCUCCUGCAGUCGCGUAACCAAAAGACUGGCGUGGGAUCGGUCCCUGCUGCGCCUCAUCUGGAAUAACGUCGGGAAAAUCCAGAAAAAAAAAUUCAAUAGCGGGUGUGCGCGUGUUUUUUUUUUUAAAGGAGGCGAGCAGUGUUGAGAAUAAUCCCCCUUUUGGGCGAACGUCUCCAUCGGAAGGGGGGUUUUCUGUACUUUGCAGAAGCCAGAGCAGAUUUAUCCCGAUAGAGAAGCACCAGAUAUAGGCUGUGGAAAAAAAAAACAGGAACCAUGGGAAAGCAGAACAGCAAGCUGACUCCAGAGGUGAUGGAGGAUCUGGUGAAGAACACAGAGUUUAAUGAACAUGAGCUGAAGCAGUGGUACAAAGGGUUCCUGAAAGACUGCCCCACUGGCAGGCUGAAUCUGGAGGAGUUCCAGCAGCUUUAUGUCAAGUUCUUCCCUUAUGGCGAUGCAUCAAAAUUUGCAGAACACGCCUUCAGAACCUUUGACAAAAACGGAGACGGGACCAUCGAUUUCCGAGAGUUCAUCUGCGCCCUGUCCAUCACAUCCCGUGGCAGCUUUGAGCAGAAACUCAACUGGGCCUUCAACAUGUACGACCUGGACGGCGACGGAAAAAUCACCAGAGUGGAGAUGCUGGAGAUAAUCGAGGCCAUCUACAAAAUGGUGGGCACUGUGAUCAUGAUGAAGAUGAACGAGGACGGUUUGACACCACAGCAGAGGGUGGACAAGAUCUUCAGCAAAAUGGAUAAGAACAACGACGACCAGAUCUCGUUGGAGGAGUUCAAAGAGGCGGCGAAGAGCGACCCGUCCAUUGUGCUCCUGUUGCAGUGUGACAUGCAGAAGUGAGCCCCCCCCACCCCCCUGCUCGCUCCUCUCCCUGUCUGUAAUCCACACACUCUGGACAGCAGCACAUGUUUUAAUGUCUCAUUAGGUUCUCUGCCAUUUCCACAGGAAAAAAACAAAACAAUGCUUGGACUAUUUUUCAAUGGACUCGCUUCUUGUGGUUGUAUGCAUGAGAAUGUUAAAUGCUGAAUAAUUUUGAAUAUAGCUAUAAGAUAUCAUACAUUUCUAUUUCAAAACAUGCCAAUGUGAUUUGUGCACAGUAACCCCACACAUCCUCAUCCAUCCCUAGCUUGUAUAUCAGUGGAGCACUGCAUUAAAUUAUGUUCCUACAGUAUUUAGGAUCCCCAGUGUUCACUGCUGCGACUACUGUACGCUUUACAUAAUAGUAUCAAAACAAUAAUUCCUAUGAUAAUUGUAACUGUCUCUGCUAUCCAGACUUGUUGAGCUCGUGGAGAAUAGAAAGGCUCCCGUCUGUUCCAGAUGUUUUCACGCGACGGAACCGAGAAGUAUAGGUUCUUUGCAUGCCUAUAUUAUGUGUCAAAAAAAUAUAAUCUCUUACCUUUUGCAUCUUUAGGUGGCUAUAAAAGAGAAACCCUCCAGAAUUCAUUUAGUAUUGUUGCAUGGGAUGUACAGUAUGUGACUCACCAGACCAUUAGUUCACCUCCAGCUGUGUGGGAGCAUGCUUCCCUUUUAAAACACGUGAAUGUGUGACACGAUAUUUAGGUUGCAGUUGUUGGCUAAUUUUGCAGAGGAAGAGCAUUCACAUCACCAUUCUAUUAUAUGUUUUGCUUCAGUGAUUUGUGGGAUGAGCAGAAAUCUAUUCAUGGAGCAGCACUCCCUUUUGAUUUUAUUGUACUGCUGCCACUUAAUCUGGAGUAGGGGCCAAAAUGAUUGCUGUCAUUGGGCACAGUACUCAUGCAUUAUUCAUAAUGAUCUAAAAUUGGCUUCUUUUUCAGGCUGCUUAUUGGAAUUUAGGCUUAAAUGAAAUUUACUCAGUACAUAUCAACAUGUUUACAGAAAUGAUGAGCACUGCAAAAUGAGAACAGCCUCGGCUUUUGACCCUGACGCUGGGAGCUCGCUCUCUGGGCCGGGGACCUUGUGAGAGGGGCUCCACUUCCAAUGCAGCAAAAGGGGAGGACAAAAAAAGCCUUGUAUAUGUUUACUGAACAUACUGCAUUCCUAAAACCUUUUUGUAAGGAGAAACUUUUUAUUGAAAAGUCUCAUCUUCUAAUCUAUUCCAUUCGCAGCAAUCAUUCAAGAUGCGAGACCCUCAAAGGGAGGUGAUUCAUAAAGCUUUUGAAGGAGCGUUUCAGAGAGUGACAGCAACUGGUUGGAGACGUAGGCGAAAGUUAUUGACGAAAUUCUCUUUCAGGAGUUUUGCUUCCCAAUUUCUAGGCUAUGCAAGCACGGACUGAGUGUCUGCUUGUAGUCCACUUACAGCAGUGGAGGCUGCAGAAGCUUUUCACCGUUCUGUCUGUAACACAAGAGAAACCGACCAUCACAUUAUUGAUGUCUAUUUGAUUUACACAUUUCAGUCCAGUCACCACGGCAGAUUCUUUGUUGGAGUAAAUAUUUAUAUCAAAUAUGAAAAAUCAUCAUACAAGUGACUGUAUUCUUUUUUACAUGUGGCAUGUGUUGCACCCAAACCCAAUUCUGUAGUGAUUAAAAUAAAUAAACCAUCAACAGGCUUUUUCAAAGGA